AUGUACAUCGUUGUGUUUUUAAACUCUGAGUUUCGCAAGAACAACCCUAAAUGUGCUCAAACAAUUGUGAGAAGAGUCUGCAGCGAGGGACACUGUAUCACGUUGUUUGGUGAGUUCAAUCAAAAUUUGUGUCAUUUCAUGCUGUUCACCAUUUUUUUUUCACCCUCAAAUAGAAAGACAGAAAAGCCGGGGGUGAAACAAAAUGGUGGGCUUGAACUGUUAAUAGCUACAUCUGAAGAUUCUAUUUUCUCGAAGAUUUUUCGGCAACGCUUCGAGGCUGGUAGCGCAGUUUUGAACUUUGAGACGGUAGACUACUCAUGCUUUUGCUAUAUCAACCCGCUUAACAGUCUCGUCAAAGGCUCCAUUUGCUUUUUCGUGUUACAAAAUUGCUUAAAUUUUGGCUCUCAGCACUAUUGGGAAUGAAAGGCUUUAGCAGACUAUUAAAAAUCUUAAAAGCGAUCUAGACAGUGAGACAGGGAAGAAAGGACAAACGAAAGGAGAACGAGCGCAGUUUUAGCUAGUCUGCUAGUCUCUCUCCCAACCCACUGACCCAUUGAUUGCUAUUGGCUUUUUCUCCAAUUACAAUCCUGAGUUUUUAUGUUAGUAACAUUUCGAGCCACUUCUUAUCAUCUUAAUUAUUGCAAAUACCCGUCUGGCGAACAACGAAACCAACCAGUUUUCAAAUCUAACAUGUUGUACGUUAUUUCUGUCCAGCGUCGACCCCCAAGGGUCGAUUGUUUCCAGUGCUGGAGGAACCUCGUUCCCAGUUCACCUCAUGUUUUGGUCAGAAACCGGCUCAACUGGUCCAAGACAGGAUUUCCAAGUCAGACGCUAUCAUCUUACUAACUGAUAAACCUGUUUAUGAAAUCCCUCGAGACUUGCAGUCUGUAAAAGAACAUUGUAACGGACACGUGUAUUCAUGGUGUUCGUAUGGAGUUCACUGUGCCUUGCUCGGUGGAACAGUUAACAAUAAAAGAGUGGCGAUACAAUUAAGGGCGCUACUAGAAGACUCUGCUAAUUUGCUCGUNACAACGAAACCAACCAGUUUUCAAAUCUAACAUGUUGUACGUUAUUUCUGUCCAGCGUCGACCCCCAAGGGUCGAUUGUUUCCAGUGCUGGAGGAACCUCGUUCCCAGUUCACCUCAUGUUUUGGUCAGAAACCUGCUCAACUGGUCCAAGACAGGAUUUCCAAGUCAGACGCUAUCAUCUUACUAACUGAUAAACCUGUUUAUGAAAUCCCUCGAGACUUGCAGUCUGUAAAAGAACAUUGUAACGGACACGUGUAUUCAUGGUGUUGGUAUGGAGUUCACUGUGCCUUGCUCGGUGGAACAGUUAACAAUAAAAGAGUGGCGAUACAAUUAAGGGCGCUACUAGAAGACUCUGCUAAUUUGCUCGUUGGAAGUAUCUUACCACGCCCAUGCAACUUUGAGAAAAUGUAUAAAGUUGAUCCGAUGUUUGAGACUGGAGAGCCUUGUGUGACUUGA